GCGGCGCAGGACUAGGCGGGAGGGCGGGACGGAGGGAUGCUGCUGGGCACCGCGGGCGCCGGGCAGAGCGGGGGGCUUUCCCGGGAGAUGUUUCUGACCGUCGCCCUCUGGCUGGCUUGGCAGGAAACCUUCGCGGCGCCGACCCCGACGGCCGCUGACCUGAACCUGGGAGUUGACUGGCUGACUAAAUUUGGCUACCUGCCUCCUCCAGGCCCUGUCACAGGACAACUGCAGACCCAGGAAGAGCUUGCAAAAGCCAUCACAGCCAUGCAGCAGUUUGGAGGCCUAGAAGCAACAGGGAUACUAGAUGAAGCUACACUGGAAUUAAUGAAGACACCUCGUUGCUCUCUCCCUGAUCUUGCUGAGUCAGAGACCAGGAAGAAGCGGCACACUCAGGCUGUGACAAAGUGGAAUAAAAGGAACUUAUCUUGGAGAGUCCGCACCUUCCCCAAAGAAUCCCACCUGGGCCAUGACACGGUCCGCGCCCUCAUGUACUAUGCCCUGAAGAUCUGGAGUGACAUUACCCCGUUGAAUUUCCACGAGGUGGCGGGUAACAACGCUGACAUACAGAUAGACUUCUCCAAAGCGGACCACAAUGAUGGGUAUCCCUUUGACGGGCCUGGCGGAACGGUAGCACACGCUUUCUUCCCCGGAGACCAUCAUACCGCAGGAGACACUCAUUUCGAUGAUGAUGAAUAUUGGACCUUCCGAUCAUCAGAUGCCCAUGGGAUGGACCUGUUUGCUGUGGCAGUCCAUGAGUUUGGCCACGCUAUCGGCUUGACUCACAUCUCUGCCUUAGAGUCUAUCAUGAGACCCUAUUACCAGGGACCGGUGGGGGAUCCCCUGAAGUAUGACCUGCCUUACGAAGACAAAGUCAGAAUCUGGCAACUGUAUGGAGUCAGGGAUUCUGUGUCCCCAACAGCCAAGCCUGAAGUAACCAAAACUGACGACCACCCUGUUCUGCCAGAGCUGCCAGAGAACCGCUCCACUGUGCAGCUCAGAAGAGAUGUGCCCAACAGGUGCAACACUCACUUUGACGCUGUGGCUCAGAUCAGAGGCGAGGCUUUCUUCUUCAAAGGCAAGUACUUCUGGAGACUGACUCGCAAUAAACACUUGGUCUCCCUCCAGCCAGCUCAGAUCCACCGUUUCUGGAGGGGUCUCCCCCUCAACAUGGACAGUGUGGACGCGGUGUACGAGAGAACCAAUGACCACAAGAUCGUGUUCUUCAAAGGAGACAGAUACUGGGUGUUCAAAGACAAUAACGUGGAGGAAGGAUACCCUCGGCCAAUAUCGGAUUUUGGCUUGCCGCCGGGAGGCAUCGACGCUGCUUUUUCCUGGGCCCACAAUGACAAGACUUAUUUCUUUAAGGACAGUCUCUACUGGCGCUAUGAUGACCAUGAGCGGAGGAUGGAUCCCGGCUAUCCUUCCGAGACCACUUUGUGGAAGGGCAUUCCAAGCACGUUAGAUGACGCAAUGAGAUGGUCAGAUGGUGCAACCUAUUUCUUCAGGGGCAAGGAGUACUGGAAAGUGUUGGACAAUGACCUGGAAGCAGAACCUGGUUACCCUCAGUCCAUCGCCAGAGACUGGCUGGUGUGUGGGGACAUGCAGUCUGAUUCUCCAGACUCGGCAGGGAGCAGCAGGACUGGGGCGCGCUCCAAGCAAGGGCAGCACGACGAGAGCCGUUCGGAAAACGGCUACGAGGUCUGCUCAUGCACCUCCUCCUCCUCAGAUUCCCUCUCGGCCCGCCUGGCGUUCAGACUCUCAGCAAGCCUUGUGCUAGCAAGUGUGUGGACAGCAGCGGUGGCUUGCGCAGCACUAUGACAUCCAGUAACAUGGACGAGAAGACGUUGCGGUGCUUCAGGGACUGGUGGUGGAUAGAAUCACACCAUGCUACACUGUUACAGCUGAAACAAACAUGCCUAGGAACAUGGCAGCGAAGGUUUCAAGUUCUCCAUGAGAAGUGAACUGGGUUUAUUUUUAUUUUUUAGUUAAAGAUCUAAUAAUGGACUGUGGGUUCUGCACCUUCUUAUCUCCCCAGCCAGCUAAAGAAUAAAGACGUUGCUGAAUAUUA